AUGGAAAACGUCGCCAAAAGCUUUGGUGACAAAGUCAACAUUGAGGUUGAAGAUGCUGGAAAAGAAGUUGCUUCCCUGCCCGCGCCAGAGCCGAUCGAAGAUGUUCAUCUCUUCACGAUCCCCGAGCAAAACAAUAUCAUUCGACGCAUCGAUCGGCGAUUAGUUGUCACCAUAGGCGUCCUAUAUUGCGUGUCUCUCCUCGACCGAAAUAACAUGAGUGCCGCCAGCAUCGCUGGAAUGAAAACUGAACUUGUCCUUACUGGCUUACGAUAUAAUACGGCCAACUUGGUCUUCUUCAUCCCUUAUAUUCUGUUCCAAGCCCCGGCCACUAUCAUCUUGCGCAAAGUCGGUCCGCGCCUCUACCUUGGAAGCAUCGUCGUGGCCUGGGGAGGUGUCAUGGUGGCCAUGGGGUUUGUUCAAGACCAUAAUCAGCUUAUAGCCAUGAGGACUCUUCUUGGUCUCUUCGAGGCAGGGUUCUUCCCCAGCUGUGUCUACCUUCUAAGCACCUGGUACACUCGAUAUGAGGUUGGCAAGAGGUAUUCCGUCUUUUACCUUCUUGGUUGUCUGGCGUCUGGAUUCUCCGGUAUUUUGGCUUAUGGCCUCAUGCAAAUGAACGGUCGCCAAAACCUCAGCGGGUGGCGCUGGAUAUUCAUUGUCGAGGGUGCUCUUACAAUUGGCCUCGGCAUAAUGGGAUAUCUUCUCAUUGUUGACUUCCCGGACUCACGAAGAAAGACAUGGCGAUUCCUCAAUCAGGAAGAGUGUGACUGGAUCAUUGACCGAAUCCGCCAUGAUCGCGGAGACGUCGAUAUACCCACAUUCAAAAUCGGGCGUUUUCUCCUCAGCGGGCUAGACUGGAAGGUCUGGGCCUAUGCUCUGAUUUUCUUUAACACGGCGGCGAUUACAUAUGCUCUAUCCUACACCCUUCCCAUCCUCCUGAUUGACAAUAUGGGUUUUAGCAUUGCUCAAGCCCAGUGCCUCGUUGCCCCCCCCUAUGUUUUUGCUGGUCUUGUCAUGUAUGGCACCGCCUGGGUCGGAGACAAAUUCCAUCUCCGUGGACCAAUCAUCAUAUUCAACAUGAUCCUGUGUCUCAUCGGACUACCCAUCUUGGGGUGGGCCAAUAGUGCACCUAUCCGGUACCUCGGAGUUUUUUUCGUGACGGCGGGGGGAAACAGCAAUAUACCUGCAGCCAUGGCCUUCCAAGCAAACAACAUUCGUGGCCAGUGGAAGCGAGCCUUCUGCAGCGCUACCCUCGUGGGCUUUCUGUUCUCCAUUGUUCUGGUUCUAUUGUGUGACUUGGACUUUUACUGGCUUAAUCGCCAGGCUGAGAAGAGAGGCAAAGUGCUGGAACGUCACGAGGAGAAUGCGUCCGCUGAAUUCCGUUACACGUACUAA